UCAUAAAUAAUUUUAUGAGUGAAAACGAAAGUCAUCAUGUCGGAAGAUACCAAGAAAAUAUUACAGAAAUUUUUUGUUACCCUUCGUAACAAUGUAAAUGCUACAGCAAUUUAUCGCGAGGUUUGGGGUCUGACACAAUUUGACAGAGAGUCAAUUACUAUCACACAAAAGACAAACACCGAAGCUGUUGAUAAAUUGGUGGAUAUCGUUGGAAGCAGAAGCACUCGUAGUUUUGUCAGUUUUGUUGAUGCACUUAAGAAGAAUGGCCAUACUGAGAUUGCCGACAAUAUCUUAUUGGAAGCGAAACAGAAUUAUCCACAUAUUCAUCGUGCUCUCCAUUCAGUUCUCGUAUUGCCAACAGCGACAGUGCCACCUUCUAGUAAUACGCAAUAUAACCAAACAAAGAAAUGUGUAGAAAAUCAAGCCUAUAGCAACGCACAGACUACCCCAAAUGUAAGAAACGAUCAGAACAAUAUACGACAUGCACAACAUGAGGCCGCAGCUACCCAAGACACAGAAGAUAGUGACUCUGAGAACGAAUCUUGUACUUUUACACUUGAUACUAAACUGAGCCAGAUACCGUAUACAUAUGUUGAGGCAUGGGAGGAAGAAUUGCGCGAAAACAAACAGUGGAAAAAGUUGGCCACGAAGAUGAAUCUCAGCUACCGGACUGUAAAAGAAUUAGAGAAAGAAGAAGAUCCAGUUGACAAUUUUUUUGAGCGUCAUUGUUCAAAGCUUACCAUUAAAAGAUUUUUAAACUACUUGACAAAGGCUAGUCUGACCAGUGUUCUAGCUAUGGUACGAAAGCAUGUGGAUGAAAGUGAAGACAAUUUUGGCGUCCAGCAAACACCUUUGCAAGAGGAAGGAAAUAACGCACCUGUUCUAGCAGAACUUUCUAACGACACGCAUGGAAUUGUACCACAGAUGAACUGUCUAAAUCCAGACGAUAGUAUAACAGACAACACACAGAUCCCAUGUAAUGACAACAAGCCUCCCAGUCCCCCUAUCUCAAAGAGUACGAAUAUUGGAAGUGUGUCAAAUAAUGAAUCAUCUGUCAACAUCGCAAAUGUUGAUUACUUAACGAUUUACACAAUACAAGGACAUCCUGAAAGUUCUUUGUCAGAUAAAGAUGGACCUACGAAGCCCGCGGAGCUCGAAAAGAACAUAUUGGUUGCCGACAAAGAAGAAGAUAAUCGCUGGAAGACGAAACAACGAUUUGGGAAUGAGUUUCCAGAUACUGAAACUAUGCGGUCUAGGGACCAAUCCCCACCAUUGCAAGAGUUAAACAUCAAAGAAGACACCAUCCUAGCGGAACCUGAGAAUAUAAAAGAAAAAUAUCAUGAUCAAUGGUGUGAAAAUUUGCUGGAUAAAGGGAGAAUGAAUGAGACAUCGGAAGAUAGUCUUAGUUCACCUUUACCAAGCAAAUCAGAUGCACAACAGUUAUUGCAUACCCAACCUGAGAGUAUUGGCGAAAAAGCAAAGAAACAUCCCGCCGAGAAGGACUGCAAUGAAAUGCUUAUGGAUGCUGGCAUUCCGAGAAGAAGCGAGAAUACAUGCAGAAAUAUACACGACUCUAUACCAGACGCCGAUAGUGUAGUGGAAUAGAGAGAUGAAUGACGUUGUAAUUUAACAAAAGUCUAUAAAACACAAAGAAACUAAAUACUGAGAAUACAAAUCGAUCCCAUAAAACGUGGUGUUCUCAGGUGCUUCGGAAGGGUAAGUAGAUCCUGCUUCACAAGUGGUAUAUGUUGGUUUAAAAAGCAAGAUCACAAAAAUACUGAACGUAGAGGAAAUUUUAAAAAGGAAAGUCCAUAAUCAAAUGGCAAAUAAUAGCUGACUUGUAAGCAGUUAUCCUCUACAUAUAAUGCUGUGAUCACUUCAUAUAAUGCUGUGAACACUGCGUAUAAUGCUGAUUAUUAACAUAAGGCAGUCGUGGCGUUCCAUAUAUAUCCGAAUAAACGACUGUGAUACCGAGUGUAAAUUUGCAUUCCUACACAUGCAUAUGACGUUUCGAUGUAUUUUGUACAUACCACAUUCAUGCAUUUAUUUUUCAAUCGUUUCUGUUAUAAUUUCGUUUGAAUAAUGUGUUUUGACUUAUUGUUUGUUGUCCAAAUAAUUGUAAAAUUGCCUUCAAUACCACCAUUGUCAUAUUCCAGAAUAUGACUGUUAAACCGAGUAUGACUUUGCAUUAAUAUACGACGUGUUACGGUAUUUUAUACAUCCAACAUUAAUGUUUCUAUUUUAAUAUAUUUCUGUUAUGGUUUCGGUAAGAUAAUCGGUUUUGUCCUAUCGUUUGUAUUCAAAAUAAUUAUAAAAUUCUCUUUCCAUAACAUAUUCGUCAUGAAAAUUGUUUGGACGAUUAUUGUGAUAUAAUUGAAUAAUGUUCGAGAUUGCAUGUUAGAUACGGUAAGCGCGUCACUGGUUUUUUGACCUCUUGUGGUGUUUGUCGUUGACGGAAUAUGUUCGUUGUUGUUCUGUGGUUUUAAUAUUGUGCAGACUAAAAUAUUAUUUGUUUGUGCUGUGUUUCUAUCAAGUAGUGUUGUCAUAAACCAGAAGGUUUGGCUAGCCAUUUAACUAGGUUCAACCCACCAUUGUCUUUUAAAAUGUCCUGUACCAAGUCAGGAAUAUGAAAGUUGUUAUCAAAUAGUUAGUUUCUAUGUAUGUUGUCGUUUAUUUUUGUUGCACUUCAGGGUUACAGUUUAAUAUUCCUGUGUUUUCCUCGGUUUUAGUUUGUAACACUGAUUUAAUUUCUCUCAAUCGACACCGGUAUACUACUGUUGCCUUUAUUAUUCCCAUCUAACGUUUUUUUUUAAUAUAGAAGGUUGUCUUCUACUAUGAUUAGUAAGAAAAAAGGGACUUGUGACAGCUUUUAUACUUAUACCUAGAUUUGGUUGAGAACUAACGGUUGCAUGUACAUAAGUAAUCUACUGUGAAAGUAUUUUAAUUCGUGGGUAUCAAUUUUCGUGGUUUGAGCAAUAUUCACAUGUUCGUAGGUUUUUAAAUUCGUGGAUUUUAGUUUAAAAAAAAAAAGAUAUGAAAAAUUAAAGCCUUUAGAAACGAAGGUUUUGGGAUUGAAGGAAAUUGCAAAGUAAACAUUGACCCGUGUAAAUCGUUGUGUCAACACUAAUUAACCCAAGAUAAAGUGAUCAACAGAUGAGGGACCAUCAAAGGUGUUAAUUAGGCCAUAAACAUGUCACUUAAAGAAAUCAGUAUCAUAAACAAAUUCUAUAAACGUAUCUUGAAUAGUAAAAAAAAAUCUUCUUAAAAUCAAUCCCAGCAUGAAAUUAUCAUUUCCCAUAUGUACGAGAACUAUGAGGAUAUGAAAUGAACACUUUUUCAUACUAGCAUAUCAAUACCGGAAAUCUGAUUUUCAUUGAAAAAAAAUAAAUGAAAAUUGUUAAAAAAUAAUAAUUGUACAUUAUAGGUUAUUAAAGAUUAAAUGGGUAUAAUCCGGCUGCAUGAUGUUGUAGUUCUGUGACUGCUAUUAAAGUAUUCUCAGAUUAGAGGUUAUUCAAUAUAUUCUCUAGAUUAUAUCAGUAGUCAAACCUUCAUGGGGAUCUUUCCAUGUCUUGAUUUGGACUAUGGCUUUUUUAUUUCGUUGGACACUUAAAUUCGUGGAUACAGUCAUCCACGAAAAUUGGUACCCCACGAAUAAAAGUACUUUCACAGUAUAUUAUUGUUGUG